AUGUUUACGGGGCUCAACGAGCGUCUAGCUCCGCCGGACGGUGUUUUGGGGCCGGCAGGGUUGCAAGAACUCACAGACAGCGUGUUGAAAAUAUUUUCCCAGAUUCAAGUCUCACGCAUUCCCAGCAUGCUGCAGCAGUUCAACGUCCCUGAGGGCACGCCUUUUAUGUCGUGGUCCACAGAAAUCAGGCGGUUGAUCGAGGGCCUCCGCUGGUUUGGGGACCGGUGCCCAGAAGAGUCGGCUCUGAUCGUGUGUGCCACCGAAUGCCUCAGCAUCCAAUUCCCCACGGUAGCGAUGAACUUUGCCGACAAGCUGGCUAAGAUCACCACUUCCCGAGGGUUCUUUGCCCUGUUCGAAGACCACACGUCCAGCGCCAUCCCAGCACAAGCACCAACCCACGUAGGAGCGGCCCCGGCUAGGCACUCUUUCCCCACACAGAGCAAAUCACAGCAGCCGCGAGUCAUGAUGGUGCACGACGAGGAUGAUUGGCAGGAGGUGAUGGAGGUGAAAGCACGACCACCCGCGGGCAAACAGACCAGAGGCAUUAGGCUGUUCCAAUACUCCUUCAACUCAAAAGAGGCUAAAGAGGGUAGGGAGAAGUGGGGCCAGGGGAGUUUUUCGAUCGUGCGUCAACCCACAGCAAAGCUUGCAGCGAACGCGUAUGUAGUACGAGAGGGGGUGAUGAGCCACGAGGUUCUCCUCGGUACAGACAGUUGGGCGCGUUUCCCUGUGAGGGAGUGUAGUGAUAAAAGGGAGGGUGAGACCACUCUUAGAUUGAAAACCUCCCUACCUCCUACCCAAACACCUACGGUUGACCAGGAUGCUGAGCCGGAGAUGGUAGCGUACAUCGAGUCACCAGACCAUGAUGACAGCGAGCAUCGUUUGAUUUUUUAUUCCACGAAAGACGUGCAUUACCUAACAGACCAGAUGUAUUGGGUCCCUCUCCGAGUGGAGACGGCGGAGGGACAAGCUAUGGGCACGGGUGCCGGCGCAUGUACGCGACCGGUAAAGCAGCGCCCGUAUAGGCGGAGUCCAGUAAUAAACCGAAAAAUCAAGAUAGAGAUUGAUCGGUUAGUUAGCUGUGGGAUUUUGGGGAAGUCCACCUCGAAUUGGGCGUCAUCACUUGUAGCUGUGUUGAAGAAGGAUGGUAGAUUGGGGUUGACAUGCAACUUUAGACGGUUAAAUGAGGCGACAAUCGUUCCCGUUUUCACCAUGCCCUUAGUCAGCGAUCUCAUCUCGGCGCUGGGAGGGAGCAAGGUCUUCUCGGUCCUCGAUCUGAUGAGCGGGUAUUUUCAGGCUGCCAUCGACGAGUCGAGCAUCCCCCUGACGGCCGUCUGCACUUCAUUCGGGUUGUUCGAAUGGGCCCGGACUCCACAAGGAUGCUCCGGGAGCCCGGCGAAUUUCCAGUCGCUGAUGGCUAAGGUGUGUGAUGGGUUUAAAAGGAUUCAAGUGUGUCUAGACGACGUGAUUGUGCCGUCCCUCACGGUCGCUGAGCACGUGGUGCAGUUGAGGGAGUUUUUGGUGCGGUUUACGGAGUUUGACCUCCAGCUGUCUCCCAAGAAGGCCCACAUCGGCUCGGCAGAGGUUACGUUUCUGGGGCAUUUGAUAACCCCUGUUGGCUUGCAGCCCGAUCCUAAAAAGACAGACGCUAUGGCCAAGAUGAAAAUGCCCAAGACUAAGAGUGAAUUAAGGUCCAUAUUUGGUUCGGUAUCGUACCUUCGAAAAUUUCUCCCCAAUUUAGCGAGGAAUAUCACGGACCUGACCGCCCUUCUCAAGAAGGACGCACACUUCAAGUUUACGGCACACCAUGAACAGCUGACAAAAGCGGUGUUGGCCCAGCUAGCAAGUUACGAGGUGUUGGCUUUCCCCGACCAUGCCGCCGCCAUCGAUGGCACUCGUAAAUUUCGACUCACGACCGAUGCUAGUAUCUCUGGUUUUGGUGCGACACUGGAACAACCGCAAGAGGAUGGGACCGUCCGUCCUCUAGUGUACAUAAGUAGAUCGAUCCUACCGAACGAAGCGAACUGGGAUGUCAGCUCGCUGGAGUGUGGAGCGUUGGUGUGGACCAUAAAUUGCGUGGGCCUCCUGGUGGAUGUACGGGUGGUCACCAGGUCGUCGCGUCCAUCGACACGGUCCACCACGGCGGCGGCAGCGCGGAGGCCGCGUCGGGCGCGGGAUGUAGGGGUUGAGGAAUCGCCGAGACCGGGGAGGGCUGCCACCGCCCAUGGGGACGCGGCGCCGGCGCCGGCGGGGGUCCGCCCCUCCCGCCCGCAGGGAACACCGGCACGCACACCGGCGGCGAGGGGGAGGGGGGCACAUCCGUCGGCAGCGGGGUACAAGCAACGGUCGCGGCGCCCCCCCGCCCAGCGUAGGACGGCCACGGCGGCCGCGAGAGAGGAACGACCGCACGCCGAUCACCCCGCCGCCGUUCCCACUACAACAGCCCCCGGCCAGCGAGGGGCGGCAGCGGCGGCCGCGAGAGAGGCACAACAGCACGCCGACGACCCCGCCGCCGGCCCCACCUCAACAGCCCCUGGCCAGCGAAGGGCGGCAGCGGCGGCCGUGAGAGACGCCCCGGCCAGCGGAGGACGGCCGCGGCGGCCGCUAGAGAGGCGAGACGACACCCCAACGAUCCCGCAGCCGCCGUACCAACUGCGCCCUCCCCUCCCAGCCGCGGACGCCGGUCACCAUCACCGCGGCGCUCCCGGAGUAGAACACGUCGGCGGCGUGCCCCCCCGGCGGGAGCAAUCCCGGUGCCAGAAUCUCAAGCGGCAGCAGCUCGCCGCUUCGGAGAAGUUUAACCGCAAGACGGACCUCGAGUGGGCCGCGGCGCAGGCAGAUGAUCUCCGGGCUGCGGCGGUGAUCAAUGGGAAGUUUGAGAGGUUGUUAGGGGAUGAACCCCAUCGGGUGUACGUACCUUUUCUGUUGAGACCAUGGGCCCUGGGCGUGGUACACAAGGAGAGUGGGCAUUUGGGGGAAAACGCAACUCUGGCUUCCUUGGAGCGUUACUACUUUUGGAUUGGUAUGUCUGAAAGCGUGCGGUGGUUUGUGUCACAUUGCAUACAGUGCCAAGCUUCCAAAACCUCUAGACGUGCUCACCGCUGGCCUCUGGUGUCGUUACCGCUGCCUUCCCGGCCUGGGGAGAUGGUGGCUUUCGACAUCUUAGGUCCCUUGCCAAAAACCAAGCGGGGGAACGUAUAUAUUCUGUUGGUGGUCGAUCUUUUUAGCCGACAUGUCGAACCCUACGCGUUGACGAGUGAAGAGAAAAGAUCACAGGGUUGUGUCACGAAGCUUGCGGAUGAUUAUGUCGUUCGUUGGGGUUGUCCGAAGUAUCUUUUGUCGGAUAGAGGGGCAGAGUUCACAGCUCGGGUAGCCAAGGAUGUAUACAGGAUGCUUGGGGCCAAGAAGCGGUACACGAGUUCUUUUCAUCCGCACACCAACGGUUGUGUCGAGCGUCUGAAUCACACCGUUUGCCAGAUGUUGUAUCACGUCGUCAGUUCUCAGCAGACGGAUUGGGAUGAAUACCUGUUGCAAGUCUGUUACUGCCACAACAACCACGUAAGCAAAGCCACUGGUCUAGCCGCUUCUGAGAUUCACAUAGGGAGGUACCCGCGGUUGCCGAUGACGAUAUUGGGGUCUAGAAAUGAGAUCAGGGCGCGGCAGAGUACCAAGCAGGACCAGCUCGACUUCUUGCAGUUGACUAAAGACCGACAGGCUAGGGCCUACCAACUAGUGGUGGAGAGUGAUAGGCUAACGAAGGAGAAGCAUCGAGCCAACAACGAGCAGCUAGACAACGCUAUCACCAAGCGACCGAUUUUUUCCGCUGGGGAGUGGGGGGGAGUACUCAACAGCGAAUAA